AUGCGAAGCAACCGAGCAAGCCAUGUAAACCGGAAUGGCAGGGUGCGUAUGGCCCAGCGGCACGCCGUGGCAGCUGUAGUAGCCGUGGCAUCAACAAGCAUGCCACAGGGUGGAGGCCACCUGUGGCCAGAAACUCACUCUGGAGCAGUAGCAGGUAUGGCACUCACAUGUAGCCAUCGGGCGAAAAACACCCAUGGCCAACCAACCCAGAAAGGGGCCAGUGCCAAUGCAAUGCAACAAGCAAUGCAACUGGGCUGUGACGGUGUCACCCGAACAGAGGGCAUGGCACGGGCAUCGGCGGCAGGCGACAGCUGUGGUGGCGGUGGUCGACAGUCGUGGCGGCGGUGGGCGACAGCUGUGGCGGCAGAGGGCGACAGCCGUGGCGGCAGAGGGCGACAGCUGUGGCGGCAGAGGGCGACCGUCCGGGUCGCUAGCAGGCAGGGCAUAUGUGAAAACACGGUCACCGUGUGUCAGAGGCUGCAGGUCGGCAAAACAGGGCCGACAACUCCACCAGGCCAGUCGACAACUUGUCCACCCCCGAGGGCAAGGAGUCUGGGCACAUCCGCGAUACCUCCAGGAAGCGUGGUGUUCGAAGGCUUGGGCUGGGUGGCGCUGGAUGACAUCAAGAUUGUGGACGGCAUCAGCCCGGAAGACUGUCAAGCCUCCACUCUCCUCCCUCACCUGGGCUCCACCCCCACAAGUCCCUCCUCGCACCCUGGUGCUUCCCAGGGACCAUCAGACCCUGUCAGCGCUUCAGAACCUCCUCCAGAGAGGACCAGACCUGAUUGGACAGCCACGUCGUCAUCGGAGACUUCUAGAACCCCCAACUCCACAGACUCGUCUCCUGGCAACGGAAGUGCAGGAGACGCAAGCCCAACUGGAGCAAGUUCUGGCCCGGAACACCCUACUGGUGGUGGAACAUCAGAGGAAUCUAGAACGCCUGGAGUUGAGGAUCGGGCUUCCGUUGAUCCUGCUCCUUCUCCUGAUAGCUUUAACCUGGACAACGCUCCCUCACCAGACGACUCGGAAAACUCAGACGACUCCGACUCGGUGGUCCGGUUUCCGGAUACGUCCUCGCCCGACUCUUCUAGUCCCCUGAUGCCCAAAGACAAGGACGAUAUCGAUCCCAUUUCCAACACCGAUGGUGACGAGUCCAAAACGCCAUUUGACGACAACAAUGACAACGUUUCGGAUAAGAACUUAGAAGGAGGCAUGUCCUUUGACAACAGCAAUGAUGAUGGCGAUUAUGAAGAUGAUGAUGAUUCGGACUCAGAUAAUAUUUCAGGUCGCAGCUCCACAACUCCGGUUCUGAGGACUCUGGACCCGAUUCUGAUCACCAUCAUCGCCAUGAGCGCGUUGGGAGUUCUGUUGGGUUCCGUGUGUGGGGUUCUGCUGUACUGCGCAUGCGGCACCGAAGAGGACGGCGAGGACGGGACCGAGGAACAACCUAGUGAAGCCCAGAAGAGGGUUCUGCAGAACUACAACUUCGAACUCGUGAAGAAGAAAAAUAAGAAGAACGCGACGAACACACAGCAGCUGCAGGAGAAAGACACAAUGAAGGAAUUCACAGAAGUGUAGCAAACACACAGUCAGGGGCUAUUUUUGUAGUUCAACAGCCACAUCUUAUAAUGGGUUUCAAUGGGAGAAAAGACUACAAACACGCAACAGUUGCAAGAGAAAGACCCGAAGAAGGACUUUACAGAGCUGUACCAGACACACACAGUUCAUACAAGUCACAGAAGUGUAGCAGACACACACAGUUCAUACAAGUCACAGACGUGUAGCAGACACACACAGUUCAUACAAGUCACAGAAGUGUAGCAGACACACACAGUUCAUACAAAUCACAUUUCUUUUACAGAACUACUGUAUACGUUUGAGUUGGUUGAGAAACACAUCAAGGGUUUUCAGUUUGACUCGACUUAAAGGGAUGAGUGUUAAGAAGUCAACACUUGUAGGACAUUCA